UGAUGCAAAGGUUAGAGAAAAAAAAAGCUGAGGAAAAAAAAACUUGUUCCAAAAUGGCGACGAAGAUCUGCCUGUCCAUUGGAAAACAAUAGAAAUAGCAAAGAGGGGCAGAGUUUGUUUCUUGUCGGAAUUUGCUUUUUAUUUUGCGACUGGCUUUGCAGUCGGGUUGUGUGUCGGUUUCUAUGUGGAGUACUUUUAAGAUUUUUUUUAAAGAGUUCAGCGGAUCAUGCUUUUGUUAUAGCUAGCUAGCAGGCUAUCAAGCUAGCUAGCUAUCGUUACAUCCGCAGCUAGCCAUAUUGUUGCAGUGUCUGCUAUUAAGUCACAUUACUAGGAUCUACUCGGAGAAUCAGCUGUUAGCCAGGCAGAACACAGCCAACAUUUGGGCAGCUACUAUAACUGACUUCUGAUAGUCAAGUUGCGACCUAAAUUUUAUAUUAACUAGGUAGCUAACGUUUUUAGUAUUUUCUAUGUUGAUGGUAAGCAGUAACUUGCGGUUUUAUUAUGCCAAACUAAAGUUAUUUAAGCUUGUUAACUGCGAUGCUAGCUAGUUAGUUAGGUAAUUGAGUAGAAGGAAAGCGAGCCUCUUUUGGCUGAGCUAACGUUUGCUAACUUCAUAAGAAGUUAGCUUGUUGCAGGCUAACUUUUACUAUGAGACUGCUUGUUGUAGCUAGCUUUUAGCCAGCAAGCUAACCCGCUCCCUAAAGUUGGGUAAGUUGUCAGCAAGAUUUCAAUACAUCUAUUGUGAAUAAUGUAAAUCAGUGCACCCUUUAAAGACCAACUGUUAGUUCUGGUACAGUAUAGUAGUUGUUACAGCCAAGCGACUCUUGCUAGCAGCUAACGUGAAAGUUAGGCUUAUCUUGUUCAAACUUUGAAAAUGUUUGACCAGAGGAAUGUGAUGGGAGCCGUAUUGAUUGAAUAGCAUUUGUGGACAAAAGUUUACUACAUUAUCUCAACUCGAUGUAUCAUUUGAAUCUAACAUUACAUUAAGUGAGUUAAUUUAUUGAAGACGUUAUUUUGUAAUUUAAACAUUUAUAAACAUUCAUACAGAACUUUAGCUAGGCUUAAGAAUGAAUAGAAAAGGCGUGAUGAAUGUAUUUUAGCGAAAUUGGCUGGCUAGCAAAUGCUAGGGCCCUUUCCUUUAGCUGGUCAGACACUAUUGGUAAUAAUGUUUCGCGAUGCGAUAAGAUGCUCAAUGAUUUAACUUGUUAGUCAACUUUCAAUCGUCGAUUACGUUCGUUGUCUUCUGGCUAGUGUUAAGAGACUUGAGGCCAUUACAUUACCAAGACAAAGGUCGACUCUAUGGAAGCAGUAACAUUAGUUGAUUCUCUAAAAGGGUAGGGGGUAAAGACGCCCACACUGAAAAGGAGCAAAUUCAGCAUUUUAUCCGGACUCUUGAAACCUGAGUCCAGAGUUUAAAACGCGCUCUUUAUUGAUCAUGGCGGAUUUUGUAGUGCCGCGACACAGUGCGGUGAUGGAGCGGCUCCGCCGUCGAAUCGAGCUCUUCAGGAGGCAUCACACCAGCUGCGAGAACCGAUACGACAACACCGCGAUGGAGCGGCUGGAGAUGGAACAGCAGCAAACGUUUGCACUGCACCAACGAUGUCUGCAAACCAAGGCCAAACGGUCGAGUAAGCACCGGCAGUCACAACCAAAUACCGACCAGUCGGCCCAGAGAGGGUCGGGGACCGGGGGUAACGGCGCUGACCUAGGGGAUAGUGGAACGCCCGAGCAGAGCAGAAACAGCACUUUGAUUGCGUUGCAGGAGUCCGUGAAGAGGAAGCUGGAGAGCGCCGGCUCCCCCGGUCAGGUCAACGGCUUCAGCGACGGCUACCCCCCAUCCAAGAAGACCUGCCUGGAUAAAGGCUCGUCAAAUGGUGGCGUCGCCCCUCGCUCGCCCCUGGACUCGAAGCACGGAUUGGGGGCCGACUCGCGCAUACCCAACGGGAUCCGCCGGCCCGGAGGGGAGCCGGGGGGAGACUCCGCGGGGGAGCAGGAGUUCCGGCUCAAGGAGAUGAAGCAGGAGCCCGUGGAUGACAUCCUGCCGUGCAUGCUGCCUUCCGGCGGCGGUGCCAGCAACAGCCUCUUCCCCGACCUCAACCUCAACGAGCAGGAGUGGACGGAGCUGAUGGAGGAGCUGAACCGCUCCGUGGCCUACGAGGACAUCCAAGACAUCCUCAACGAUGGCUUUGAGGACCGUAAGGACCCCCCGGAGCUGGCGGGGCAGACCCCCGGGUCGGGUGCACAGUCUGGGGGUGCCGCUCAGGGAGGGGGGUCCUCGCAGGGAAGCCUCCUCCCUUCAGACCUGGCCAGCAUCAAGGCCGAGUUUGACCAGGACUCGCACGCGGUAUCGCCCCACAUCAGGCCCACAUCGUCGGGGCCGCCCGUUCAGCACUCUACCAGCUCCCCGGCCGCGGCCACCUCCACUGCCUCCUCCCCGGCCCUGCCCCAGCAGCCUCCCCCGGCCAGGAACCACCACCUCCCCCCGGGGCCCGUCCCCAAAGAUCUGUCUCCCGCCCAGCAGCUCCAGCAACUGGCUGCCCAGCAGCAGAGAGCCCAGCAGAUGCAGUCUCAGCUGCAACAGCACCACGCCCAGAAACACCAGCAAGCCCAGAAACAAGCACAGAAAUUUCACCCCUCCGGAUCACACCAACACCCUUCUUGGCCCCCCCAGUCGGCCUCCUCUCAGAGUCCCCUGGGGGGUGCCUAUGGCCUGGAGAAGCCCGCCAGCCCCUCCAUCUACCCACAGGACUUCCCUAACAAUCCCAAGCCCCAGCUGAUGAUGUCCGGACAGCCCAACAAGGGCUCACCCAAAGCCGGGGCCGGAAGUUACCUGCAGCCUAGUGGCUCCCACGCCACCAUGCUGGGCCACCCCGCCCAAGGACCAGGGGCUACACUCGGCCACCCUGCAGCGGGUCCUGGGGGCCCUCCAGGCUCUGCCAUGCUCAACUACAGCAACACAAAGCCCUUGUCCCACUACGAGGCUACAAACCAGGGGCCUCCGCGGGGCCCCCCAGGGGCCCAGACCCAGAACAAAGCGGCGCUGCUGUCACUACUCCGGCAGAAGCAAGGGCCGCCCUUCAGACCACACCUUCCCCACGGCCAGCAGGAGCAGAACGCGUACCCGACGACCCCCCAUGGCCCUGGGCCCGGCAACAACAUGGGCCCCACCAACACCAUGGGGCCCCAGCCGGGGGGCCCCGCCAAUACCAUGGGGCCCCAACCGGGGGGCCCCGCCAACACCAUGGCCGCUAACCACAACAACGCGGCUUACCUGUCGGGACAGGCGGCGGCGGCGUUAAAGCAGCAACAGCUGAUGGAGCACCAGAAACGGUUCCUAUUGGGCCAGAGGCAGCAGCAGAUCAUGGUUGAGCAGGAGAAGCAGCGUCAACAGCAGGAACAGCAACUUCAGAGACAUCUGACCCGGCCCCCUCCCCAGUACCAGGACCAACCCAACCAGCAACCUGGACCACAGAACAACCCCUUCCAGCAGCAGCAGGUGGCCCAGUUUUCAGCCUCCUCUCAGGCAAUGGGGAAUGUGGGUUCUCUUGGAGGCCCUGCCCCCGGAGCUCAACGAAUGUUCCCCCAGACACCGCAAGGCAUGAUGGGAAUGAACACAUCUGGUGCCCCAGCAGCCGCUAGCCAGGCAGACAUGAGCCUCUCGUCCUGUGGGGGGGGCGGGAUGGACUCGGCUUUACAGCAGCAGGUCCUCUACAGCAACAUGAGCAUGCACUCCUCACACCCCUCCCAGCAGGGCUCGAUGCAGAGGCAGCCCAUAGGGAGCAUGGCUGGCCCUUACCGCCAGAACAUGCUAGCCCAGCAACAGCAGCACCUGAAAAACCAGCCCAACGCCGCCCUACUGAAAGCGCAGCAGUUUGCCAGGCUCCCCGGCUCCGUGCCCGGCGCCAUGCAGAGUGCCCAGAGCCAAGCCUGGCAACAGCACCAGGGCAUGCAGCAAGCCAUGGCAGGCCAGCCCCCGCCCCCCAGCAACGGAGGUCUCCCGCCUAACGCGUUUGUGAACCCCGGCGCCUUCCACAUGCAGCAGCAGCAGACACGCCUGCCGACCAAAAUGCCAGUCGCCAACGCCCCCUUCGGCGCCAGUGCCAACGGCAGGGUCAUGGGUGCCAUGAAUCCCGCCCAGCAGCAGCAGAUGAUGCAGCAGGCCCAGCAAAGGACGUCAGCCAAUCCCCAGGUUUCCCUCGGGCAGCCCUUACCCAAUCAGCAGCAGGCUCAGCAAGUCUUGCCCAAUCAGCAACAGGCUCAGCAGCAGCAGGGAUCCCUGGGCCAGGGAGUGUUACCGGACUUGGGUGCGUUCGGUCAGCCUCAGGUGGGGCGUUUGGUCAGCCAGGGGCUCCAGUGUAGCCAGCAGGGCUACCAGGUCAACAGGACUGCCGGUCUACAGCAGCAGUUGCCGUUUGGCUACAGCGCCGGUUCAGGGUCCAGUGGUUUGCCCAGCUUCCCCGGAGAGACUGACCUGGUGGACUCGCUGCUGAAGGAACAGAGCACCCAGGAGUGGAUGGAUGAUCUGGACGAGCUCCUAGCCAGCCACCACUGAUCGUUGCAGCGGAACGCUGUGCUCUCAGUGGUGUGCUGUGGCUUCCUCACCUCCCGUCGGCGCCAAUGUAGAAGAGCGCGUACCUGCUAGGUAUCCAUCUUUUUAACGUUGUUCACAUUGCCUUUUCGGGGGCCGCAGAUGAAGACUAAGGAGGACGGGAAAGGAAGUCGGUUCAUAUUAUGAGUUGUGUCAGGGGAAGGCGGUUGGUGUAGGAGCUCAAAAGCCGAUUGCCAAUGAAGUGCAAUUCAGUGCAGAAACGGCAAGGAUUACAAACCCGAAAUGCUGUCACAGUUCUGAUGGGGCUGAAACUGUCCUUUACAGUAAAUUGUCUACUGUGUAUAUACAAGGUGCAUAAUGUUAAGGAUGGCUGGUGAUGACAGUGCACAGGACCAAAGACCCCCCCCCCCCCCCGCCCCCGAGUUGAUUGCUAUUGGAGGAUUGUUUUCCAGGACUGGACAGACAGAACGCUACUACUACUGCUACUACUGAACCUGGGGCUCAGUACAAAACCACUGAACCAAGGGUUGACCCAAACACCCGCUCAGCCACACCCACAUUCUCCUCCUCUUGUUUUUUGAAGUUGCGGCCUUAAAUGCAAAUGUAUGCUGUACGUAGCCGAGGUGGCGUAAUAACAUGGUCUGCAGAAGGUUAACGGCGAUACACAAGGGUUAUUGUUCAGCUUGCCGAUGAACAGACCUGUGCUUUCUCUCCAAACAAUGAGACUACGGUGGCGGCCAUAUUUGUUUCGGUUAGCCCCUUAGUUGCUAAGUGGAGACCCGUAUGUUUAACUGUCUGUCUUGGGGGAAGAGAGAAGACCAUUGCUCUGUUAGAGAUUUGCAGUUGCCCUCCAAUGGAGGCAGGUUACAAAUAUAAGAGUCAAACUGGGGAUGAACUCACCACACAUCUCGCACGUGUGAACAAUUCUUGUGUUGUGUUUAUAUAACGGUCUCCCUUUAAGUUUCUCCUACUUCCUCCGCAUGUUUGACCUGGUUACUGUCUUAAUCAUCCAGUCUGCUGUCAUUUCAAUAUCCAAGUUAGUGAAGAUUGUGUGGAUUUGUCUGAUGCAGAUUUAUAUAUAUAUAAAAAAUAUAUAUGUAGAAAUUGUCAAAUUUACUUUUUCCUUAAGACUUAUUGAAGCCAAUCUUUUUUUUGCCAUACCCUUGAAUGACAGUUUAGCGGCUAUUGAGUUGGGAAUAUCUGAAUUUGUUCAUCCUUGUCAGGGGCUCCUUGUAAAUGUUUAUAUAUAUUUUUUGUAUGUAUGCAUUUUCCUAUUGUUCUGGAGAAGAUAGAUCUUAUUUUUAUAUGUAUAUUCCAGUGGAUUUUGUAAGUAUUUUAUACUUUUUAAUAUGGUUCUCUGUAAAACAAGAGUAUUAUGUAAAUAUAGUUAUUUAGAAAGGAACACAGCGUUUUGUCUUUGUAGUGUGUGAAAUGGACUUAUAACUGACAUAUUUAAAUAAAAAUAUUAAUUGCC